AUGAUUAGCACGUCGGAGGCGGUGGGCCGCAGGAGGCCAUCGUCCGCCCGGCGGAGCGAGCGCUGGAUCGCCUGGUGCCAAGCUGCGCUGCUCGGCGUGUCGGCGCUGGUCAUUGCGGCCGAAAGGAGCGCUCUGAUCUACUGUAUCGGGUUUUACCUUUGGAACGAUGAGACACGAUGGGCCGGUUUCACGCUUGGGCUCUUCCUCCCGGGCACUGCGGUACAGCUGCUAAGUGUCAAAUGGUACUACGACGACGGUGAUGAUAGGAGAUGGUACCUUUCGACUAUACACAUUCUUCACUUGGGUAUCUUCAAACGGCUAUGGGACUGCAUGAGAUACGUGUCGCACAUGCAUGGCUCAGUUGCAGAGCUUGGUGCUGUCGUCAUGCUGCAGGCAGAUGUUGCCGCCCUUUGGCUCUUGGAGGCUCUGGUGGUCAGCCUACCUCAGAGCCUACUGCAGGCAUAUAUCGUCGUGUCCACUGACGUGGGUAUCACGUCACCAGUGGCCUAUAGCUGUGGUCUUUGCAUGCUGUCCGUUUCCUGGGCCUUGGUGCUGUACAGCCGCGCCUGCUGUCUCAUCCGACCAGGCCACCUUGCAAUGCCUCCGGCGGCUUUGCUCUGCCAGCUGGUGUGGAGGGCGGGCAUGCUGGGUGCUAGGGUGACCUGUCUUAUGUUCUUUGCCAGGGUGUUCAACUGGUGGGUCUGUGGAGUGGCAGCUUUUCACUGGCUGACUGCCUCCUUCUGGCUGGUAUCACAACAACCAGACAUCUGCACUGGGCCCUGGUGUUGGCGUGCCUUCAACGGCCUCCUGGGGCUCAUCCACGUCUUCCUGUUUCUCAACGUCAAAGAUGGACCAUCGCGCUUUCGCAUGGCUAGCUUUUAUACAUUCAUGCUCAUUGAGAACACCACUUUGCUCUUGGCUGCCUCUGACUUACUUAGCGAAGCAUCUUGGGACAAUAUGACCCUACCCAUCACUGUCCUAUGUAGCUUUAUCCUUGGCGCUACCUCUCUGGCACUCUACUACCGGUUCCUGCAUCCAAAGUCAACAGAGAUCGCCCAAGGUCUCCACAACAACCACAUGGGUAGUACCUGCAUUGAACGAGGGGAAUCCUCUUUCUCUCUUGGAGACAAAAGUCUUCCGGUUGGCAGUGUCCAGAACCACGGCAGCUUCUCUCUCUCCGGUGUGGCUGGUUCACUACUGGAGCAUCCCAGCACGUGCAGAGGGAGGCCAAACAGCUCCUGUCCUUGCUACCACCACCACUGGCUUCUCAUUAGGCUGGCCCUCAAAACAGGCGACUUGGGUAAGAUCAACCGAGCGUAUGGAGCGGGUGGAGCGGCAGCCAUUUUGGACUUGGAAGAUUACAACCAGGAGUUUAAGAGUAACGAUGGCAUCACGAGCUCAGCCGGGGGCAACUGCGAGGGCAUGUCAAACUCCGAGUCUCUGGGGCAAGGCUUGGCACCCCUUUCAGACUGCAAAGACGAAUUUCAGACUGUGAGUGAACCCACUUCCUUCGAACAAGCAGAGGAUGACAGUCUGGAGAUGGAGAGUCCGCUGGAGUCACCUGUGUCUGAUUUCAAACGCAGCUCACCUGAGGGUAAGUCUGUAUUUGGAGACAGUCCCGAGCCGUACUUCUGCCCUACGGAGUCCAGUUCAACCUUGUACUUCAGCGCUGAUCCCCAGUCUCCCAGCAGCGCCAGUAACCCCCGUUUGGACCGGGACUCUGGCGCUUCGGAGCAGGGCGCUCGUCUCAAUUCCAUUCCAAGUGAUCCGGCUCUUCACAGGGACGUUCGAGGGUUAAUCGGCCGGGUCGGGCCACGCUACACAUCCACCCCUAAACUGGACUUGGGAGUGCUGGAUUCUCCCUCCAGUGUCCCUCAUCUCAGUGGUCCCAGGAGGCAGCUCAUAUUGUCCCGAAGAGAUGAAGAUGAACAUUUUUGA